AUGGAGACAUACAACGGACACGUUCGGACGCCGACGGAUGCCAUCAUUCUCUUCGAGGCCUGCAGACUCGGCAUCCUACCCCGAGUUCAGCGAAGGUUAUCAGAAAAAGAAAGACAGUCCAUAAGAUCUGGAUCAGUGUUUGUGUGGGAUGAACGGGAGGCAGGAAUGAGAAGAUGGACGGACGGGAAGAGUUGGAGUGCCAGUCGAGUCUCUGGCAGUUUUCUGACAUAUCGAGAGAUGGAGGGUAAAAGAGGCAGCAAUUCAUUUGUCACUCCUGCCAACAAAGGCGCGAAAACCCCAGACAGCAAUCCCGACGAUCUACAAAAUGGAGAGGCUGAGGAGGGGCCCGACGGUUAUCGUUAUAAGCCUGAUGGCCUUAUGAAGCAAUCAUUCAGUAUCACUACUUCCCAGGGCCAGCAUCUCCACCUGAUUAGCUAUUAUUCUCGGUCGCAUCCUACGGCCCAAGUCCUUCGGCAACCCAGUACAGAUCCGAAUCUGGCUCAUGUUCAACCCGCCAAAGGACUGUAUCCUGAAUCGACGAUUAACGACCAGUCUUCUGUGCCAGCUGUGACACGCUCACCAAUGGUAGGGGUGCCCAGCUACGUCGUGAGCACCAGCGCUCCUGGCUAUCAGCGACCAAGUCCUGGCAAUCCUCAUCCGUACCUACCACCUGGUUAUCUGCCUCAUGGGGCAUACAUCUAUCCCAUCAGUCCGAUACAUACCCCACCAGGCCACUAUGCUCUCCAGCCGUAUGGCCUUGCACAUGGACUGCCGGCUGGACUCCCACCCCCAAUUCACUAUCCACCACCAGGACCGGGAGCCUACUCACCUCACGCUUACCCCGUCAGCCAUCCUCCCCCAUCUGCAUAUGAUCAACGGCCGCUUCGCACGUCUGAGUCGGCACCACCGCCUGCCACGACCACCACUGCUGCCACCGCUGCACCCGCUCCCCCCAUGAUAUACAGUACAAGUCAGUCGUUGCCGCCUCCAACGGCUCCUCUCCGCAGCCCUGGACUUCCGCCUCCUUCACCCCGGGAAGAGGGCGAGAAGGCACAGAUUGACCCACGAUUAACUACCGUGGCCGAAGCAGCCGAAUCGCAACCGAAUAGUUCUACGCAGAAGCCUGACGAGCAGCCUCCACUACGGCCGGCUGAAUCUGCACACACCAGUGCCAGUCAGGCUCCUACAAUUCAUGCAUUAGUGCACAGUAUCUCGACCCUGCCACCUCCGCCACCAUCAGCACCACCUGCGGAGAAGCCUCAACACGAGGCCGAAGUGGACAGGCAAGGCAGCACCAGUCCCGGAGGAACAAAGAACGGUGCCCCGCCACAGGACAUACCUAGUGAAAAGCUGGGUUUUCGAGAAGACAAACGAGCUUUGAGCAAGCUUGAUCGGGUGUUUGCUAGGGUUUGA